AUGACAACCACAAAGACCUCCAUUGCUAAACCAAUGUUUUUAAUAAAAACCACGUUUGAUAAUACAACCACAAUAACACCCGUCAUGGCUACUGCUUCGAUGGCUUCUUCUCAUUCUUCAUCAGCAGGUUCAUUGUAUCUUCCGAUACAACAAAAAAACAAAAAGCAUCAUCGUCUUCAACAUAAACAUUUACGCAAGCCUCAGUCAUUUGACACUUAUCUUCCCACUUCAACAACCACCCCUUCUUAUGGCUAUUAUACGAGGUCUGCUUCGCUGUCUUCUUCUUGCUCCUCAACUUCUUCCCUGGAUUACAAUGAUUUUUCCACAGAAGAUAUGAUGUACGGAUAUGGUUCAUCAAAAUCACCGAAUUCCACACCGUCAAUUCAACCGUGUCCUCGCCUUCGAAGGGGAUCGUCCGCCGUAAAGUUGGUUCGGUUCGCUGGAGCUGAAGCUAACGAUGACGAAAGUAGCAUUGUUAGUUCAAGCAGUAGCAGCAGCGCUGAUGAUUGGGAUCCACGAGAAAUUGAAGAGGAGGAUGAUGAGGUCUUUUUUGUUUCUCAACCACGAUCAUUUCAUCUGACUUUUCACAAGAAAUCUCUAACAUCUUGA